ACAUCUAUUAUAGAUUUUAGCUAUGUCACUGGAAGAAAGAGCAACUACAGGAUCAGCCCUCAGAAGAAUUUUCAAGAAGUAUGCGAUAGAAAAUGAGCAAGGCCAACUAGUGAUCCCUUCAAUGGUCUUUGUGCGUGACUUCCUGCGUUGGGACGUGUCUGAUGAAGCUGUGUCCCUUGUAGCCAGAGUAGCUGAUCUCGGUAACUCUGGCUCGAUCACACUCGACGAGUUCAUGGCUGUAGAGCGGAUUAUGAGGAUGCCAGAUGCGCAUUUCAGACUUGCGUUUAGGAUGUGCGAUAAGAAGGGAAAGGGGAAUAUUACUGUUGAGGAUUAUAUGGGUGUGAUGGAGGCAACACAGGCGUAUAAGGAGGUUCAGUUUACCAAAGACUGUAGCUGGAUGAAACUGCACUUUGGGCGGAAUCUUCAAAGACACAUGAGACCUGACGAAUUUCCACAAUUUAUUGCAAGUGUACCUAGGGAGCACAUUCGGCAAGCUUUUCAGUCUCUAAUUAAAGAUUCGACGGAUGGCAGUAUUGAUGCAAUGGCGUACUGUGAUACCCUGGCUAAACUUAAAGGACCUUCUUUCACCAAAUACUUGAGAGACAACCUGCUCGGGAUAAUGACUGCGCAGACGACCCGGAUAAGUUAUUCUUACUUCACAGCACUGAACGCCCUGAUACACAACAUAGAGCUGGUUAAACAGAUCUUCUCUAAUGUGGUGGACAAGUUGGAGGAGAAGGAGAUAACUAAAGACCAGUUUGACCAGGCAGCCUGGCGGUUUUCAGAAGCUAUAACUCCCGUCCAAACCACGUUGCUAUGGCGACUUUUAGAUCACGACAAUUCGGGGAAAAUCGCUCUAAAGGAUUUCGCUCUGCUGAUUCCGACUAUGACUGUAUCUAAACAAACUAAAGCUAAAGAGGAAGAGUCUAAGCCGAUAACAGCUAGUCAACAAGUGGCGGUGCAGGCGUACCGUUUCGGUAUGAGUUCUGUCGGAGGAGCGGCCGGAGCAGCGACAGUUUACCCAAUAGAUUUGGUUAAAACGCGGUUACAAAAUCAAGUGACAACCAUCGCGGACGAAGUUCUUUAUAAAAACAGCUUUGAUUGUUUUAAGAAAGUGCUUAAGUUUGAAGGCUUUAGAGGUUUAUAUCGGGGUAUUCUACCCCAACUCUGUGGAGUUGCUCCAGAAAAAGCUAUAAAAAUGACGACGAACGAUGCUGUCAGACAAUAUUUUACAGACCCUAAAUCAGGGAGCAUCCCAUUUUAUGGCGAGGUACUCGCUGGAGGAAUGGGAGGAUGUGCGCAAGUGAUGUUCACAAACCCGAUAGAGAUUGUAAAGAUAAGACUGCAGAUAGCUGGGGAGGUGGUUUCUAAUAACCACGUGACAGCUAUGCAAGUUGCUAAAGAACUCGGAUUUGCUGGUCUCUACAAGGGAGCGAGAGCUUGUUUAUUACGUGAUGCACCGUUCUCUGCAAUCUACUUCCCAACCUACGCCCACUUGAAGAAAGGAUUUGCGGACAGGGAAACGGGAGUGACCUCAUUUCCAAAGAUCCUGUUAUCGGCCACGUUAGCUGGUGUUCCCUCCGCGUCAUUGGUUACGCCUGCUGAUGUAAUAAAGACAAGACUGCAGGUGAAACCAAAAGAGGGCGUGAAGCCGUACACCGGUUUAAUAAGCUGUGCUAAGCGCCUCUACCGGGAGGAAGGCAUGGCUGUGUUUUGGAAGGGUGCUCCUGCAAGAAUGUUCAGAUCAUCACCUCAAUUCGGCGUCACUCUUGGGGUAUACGAGAUGUUACAGCGCUGGUUCCCGUAUGGUCCCGCCAAACAUAUCGAACCCCCAAAAGCCCAGAAAAUAGGAACGUAUAUUCCUUACGGCGCAAAUCCCGACCAUAUUGGGGGUUAUCGCAACACUGAGAGAACAUUUGCAAAUCUCGAGCAAAAAUUAGGUCUCUGGUUCCCCAGAAGCGGGAAAAUCGUCAGCACAGAAAUCUCAAAAUCAGGAGACUUUAAAAUCGUGAUGACGGAAGGUAGAGGUUGAUAAAUAAUUCCAUCUACUUAGUCUUA